AUGUCUGACACUCAAACAUCCACUACCAACACUCGCGAAAGCCGUUUACGGCUACAACCUGAUUCUUCUGUUGAGGACGUGUUGCAAGAUUACAAGAUUCAUCACUCAUCCCAUCAAUCAGACGAGCAGCUGACCAACGAUGGCAAUAUCGUUCUAGUCGCUGGCAUCCCUCGAGAGCCCCAACCUCGCGAUUUUGAUUCGACUCUCGCUCCCCAUCCCACGGUCCCGUAUCCUGUAUCGAACCCAGGAUGGUGGACCGACACGUUCAGGCGCGUUCCGGACUAUCGACCUAUUAACCAGCAUCUCGAUCUCAAUGAGAGACGUCAAAUGCUCUUGUUCACGAUCGUCGGUGGCAUUAUGGUUAGAGGGUGCUGGCUCAUGUCUUUCUGGGCGCAGGUCUGGAGAAACACAGCUGGGAUGGUAACGGACAUCGGUCUCUCAAAGAUCGGAGGAGAGUGGUAG